AUGGAUCGGAACCUCGCGCGCGCGGUGACCGAGAAGAAGCCGGUCCCCGAGAUCGAUUUCACAUUGCACACCAUGGAGGAUGGCACGCAGGUCUCUACGAUGGAGCGGGUAGUCAAAGAGGUCCAAGCGCCGGCCCUGAGCACUCCUCCGGAUGACAUGUUUUGGUCCCCCGAAGACCCAUCCAAGCCCAACCUCCAGUACCUUAAGCAGCAUCUCUAUCGCGAAGGUCGUCUCACCGAGGAGCAGGCACUAUGGAUUAUCCACGCUGGUACCGAGGUUCUGCGGUCGGAGCCCAAUCUUUUGGAGAUGGAUGCUCCAAUUACCGUCUGUGGUGAUGUUCACGGUCAAUACUAUGAUUUGAUGAAGCUGUUCGAGGUUGGCGGCGACCCCUCGGAGACGCGCUAUCUAUUUUUGGGUGAUUACGUCGACCGCGGUUACUUCAGUAUUGAGUGCGUUCUGUACCUUUGGGCGCUAAAGAUCUGGUAUCCCGACUCGCUUUGGCUGCUGCGGGGUAAUCACGAGUGUCGCCACUUGACAGACUACUUCACAUUCAAGCUCGAGUGUAAACACAAGUAUAGCGAGCGGAUCUAUGAGGCUUGCAUCGAAUCCUUCUGUUCUCUGCCGCUGGCGGCGGUCAUGAACAAGCAAUUCCUCUGCAUCCACGGUGGUCUCAGCCCGGAGCUGCACACCCUCGAGGAUAUCAAGGCCAUCGAUCGUUUCCGCGAACCCCCUACCCACGGUUUGAUGUGUGACAUUCUCUGGGCUGAUCCUCUGGAGGAAUUCGGCCAGGAAAAGACUGGCGAUUUCUUCAUUCACAACAGUGUUCGCGGCUGCUCUUAUUUCUUCUCUUACCCCGCCGCAUGCGCUUUCCUGGAGAAGAACAACCUGCUUUCGAUCAUUCGCGCUCACGAGGCUCAGGAUGCCGGUUACCGUAUGUAUAGGAAGACACGGACAACCGGCUUCCCGAGUGUGAUGACUAUCUUCAGCGCUCCCAACUACCUCGAUGUGUACAACAACAAAGCCGCCGUGCUAAAGUACGAGAAUAACGUCAUGAACAUUCGGCAAUUCAAUUGCACCCCGCAUCCCUACUGGCUGCCGAACUUCAUGGAUGUCUUUACCUGGUCUCUGCCAUUCGUUGGUGAGAAGAUUACCGAUAUGCUGAUCGCCAUUCUCAACACUUGCUCGAAGGAAGAAUUGGAAGAGGACGACACCCCGGUGACCACUUCGCCGACUGGCCCAUCGUCCCCUCCCUUGCCCAUGGACACCGAGUCCAGCGAGUUCAAGCGCCGGGCCAUCAAGAACAAGAUUCUUGCUAUCGGUCGUCUGUCGCGUGUCUUCCAGGUUCUCCGUGAACAGUCCGAGAGUGUCAGUGAACUGAAGACCGCAGCCGGCGGCCGUCUCCCGGCAGGUACCCUUAUGCUGGGUGCCGAGGGUAUCAAGCAGGCCAUCCACAACUUCGAAGAUGCCCGAAAGGUUGAUCUGCAGAACGAGCGUCUGCCUCCUAGCCAGGAGGAAGUUUACCAGAAGAGCGAGGCCGAGCACAAGGCAGCCAUGCAGCGCGCUCAGCACGAGGCAGACAAUGACGCCGGGCUAGCGACCAUCGCCAGGCGGAUUUCCAUGACCGCCGGCGCCGGUCGUAAUCGCCGCCAGCGCGAUUCACGCGAUUCCAACAAGGAGGCCUGA